AUGAUCCAGUUAUAAUCUGGCUUCUUUCCUUUAUAAAGGGGUGGGUGUACGUUUUGCAAAAAUAAUUGGUCAGUGACAGUAACAUAAAGCAGAUCUGAGACAGACAGAGAGUCCGAGUCAGAAUGAAGACCUUGUUCAUUGCUGUUGUUGUGCUGAGUUUCACCUCAGUGUGCUGGUCUGCACCGCUGGCUUGUAAUAACCUUCUGAAAGAAGUGGACAAAGGUCCAGAUCUGGGUGGAAGAUGGUACAUAAUAGCAGUGUCUUCUGAUUCCUGCCUGGUUUCUUCUUUGAUGAAGUUUUUACAUCCAAGUGGGGUAGUGGACUUUACCCAGGAGGAAGCACCAAACAUUUAUGAUAUGGUCGCCACUGUUAAAAUGUAUGGAUUUUGCAAGAAUGAAUCCCAAACAUUAUUGCAUGACAACAACAGACUGAUGUCGUAUGACAAAAGCACUCAACAAACAACUGUGACAGACUCACUGCUGCAAACUAGCUGCCCUGACUGCGUUAUUGGAAAGACACUGAACUCCAUGAACGUACUUUUCCUCUUCAGUCGGAGACAGAAUGUCAAUGAUGAUGAACUAAAUGAGUUUGUGAAACAGGCUGAGUGUCUGAAAUACAAGCGUCCAGUGGUUUUGAACACAGAUCAUGACUAUGAAAACUGCAAGCCUGUGGAAGAAGCAAAUGAAGACCUUGACCCUGCAGUUCAAGCCCUACUUACUCAGAGGAUGGAAGACUUUCGUGAAGCAGUGAUCAACUGCAUCAAGAAUUAUUUCAUGUCUUUGUAUCAAUCUAUUGCAAAUGUUUGGUCCUGAAUGGAUCCUGUCUCUUGCCAAUAUGUCUGAAAAAUUUGAUGGAUUAAAAAAAGCAAAGACAAACCU